CUAAGACCGCAGUAUGUACCGAUAAAAAGUACGUAAUGAUGCCAAUGUAUCAAUCGAUAAAUUAAUCGUGAACAGUUUGCACUGAAGUUCGACUUUCACCAACCGUCGAUACUCGUUAGAGAUUUUCGUCAAUUAUCGACUGAUCUCGAAACGCUGCAUAUCAAAUUCACUUUGUCUGCGAUUACAAAUUGCAUGUUAUUCUUAUUGCGAUGAAAGAAACUGUUAUAUAUACUCUUCAUUCGUAUCUGUCAUCGUUGCAUUCCAUUCGUGCUUGAAAAUGCAAUUGUUAUUAAAUUAUCCCCAACUGAAUGACUGUAUUAAUAAUGAAGUUUGCGAUAAGUUUCGAUUUAUAAUAUCGAAAAUAUAUCAACUUGUCACAAAUCGAUUAUUGCAUGGCGUUUUGGCGGAAAUGUCUCACACGGAAAAACACGAUCAAAUUUUAUUUAUUACUAAGACAAUUAUUUUUUACAAGAGAUGCGUUAAAAUGGACCAGGUUAUUGCCAAAGACAAAUUUGUCUUUCCUAAGGUUCUCUAUGAAGAAAUUUGCGGUUAAAUGAUUGACGGUUACAUAGAAACCACGAUCAAAUUACAGGGACGGCACACGUGCGGCGAUUAUAGUUGACGGUAGAAGAGAACAGACAAUUAAGUAAUGCGAUAAUGGAACCCGUGAAAUAUUAUGUUACGAUUAGCGAAUCAGAAAGGACAAGGAAAAAAUUGCACUUUUUAGGCAAUUUAGAUAAAAGUUCAUAUUCACCGACGCUGCCAAGAAAAUAAAACCAUGGACCACUGUUUGCUACCUGUUUCAAUACCAUCUAUUCAAACAUGCAUGAAUUUAUCGCGCAUUAAUUUUAUCGUGCAGAUAUUCUUCGUGCAACUAUUUUUGAAGAUGCUAUUCUAUUAUGGAGUAUGAUCUUUAUCUUCUGACUAUUGCACAAGUGUCUUCGCAAGACGCAUUUCGUGCGUCCAUUGUUAUAUGACGCACAUGGUGCGUCGGUACGUUAAAACGGAUAGCUGUAGCUAAAAUGCAAAUAUGCUUUUAGUAGAUAAUUUUAAAAUAUGAUUGAACACACGUUUGUCAGAAUAUUGACGAUACUGACAGAACUACGUCGGAAAUAGACGUAUUUAGUUGGUCGAAAAUAAACUUUGUGCCGUGUCGCAUCAUAGUCUACUAAAUCUUCCGCAAAAUAGUUCACUAUCGGCUUCCACCGUUUAUUAUCAUAUGUUAUCUAAUACCACGUAUAAUUAUAAACGGGAAGGAAGUAACAGUAUAAUUAUUACUUGCACUGUUGCUAUGAGGUUACAUUUAAUACAUGGCAUAUAUUUUUUACAGGGUUCUUAUUAUACAAUAAUUGAUCCAGAUUGUUCGAAAAUGCGGACGGUGAUUAUACUGCGGUCUCAGAAAAUAUGAGUGAAAAUGAGAGUAUGAACCGGAACUGUCCGUAUUCCUUUUUGUGCUUCACAAUAGAUGGGACAAAUGGUGCGCCACGAUAAACAUCAUUUACAUCAGCGUUGCAUAAGAAUAUUAAAAGAACCCAUUCGGUUGUCGAAAAAUCCCCGAGAUUCAAUCAUCGGCGUUCAGCAUCCAUCGCAAAACAGCCACGGAGGAAGAGGAUUUAGUGGAAGUCGGAAGGAAGGGAUCGGUGCGCGUAUCGGAGUAAGGGCAGAGGUGAUCGAGGAGAGCGGAUCAGCGAGAGAGAUAGCAGGACAACCGACAAACAAUAGACGCAUAAAACCCGGUGCUCUCCCGAUGGGGUCGUAGUUACGGUGUAUUUGUAAUGUAUCUGGCGAUGAUAGGCUAGCGCGGCAGGAAGAGAUCGUCGUAGGGGGAUCGCCAUAGCUAAUCGUACCACCCAAGGUGGUACAGAUUGAGAGCUCUAUCAGCACACAUCCUCUCCUGGACUAGCAAGUACAUCCAGCAACGUUCAACGCUGAUCUAAGAAGACAGUGGCCGGUAUAUCACCGGAUCAACAGUUUCUUCCGAUCUCUCCGAUCGCACCACACCGUAUUUCUUCCCUGAUCGGAACACGAAGCAGCUUCCGGUUCACCGGAAGUGAUCUAUGCGAACGGGUGACCGUCUUUUGGAUACCAUCACGUAAAUCAGCAUAGGACACAACCAUGGAAAUUGCCACUGAAUUGUCCCCACUAUCAGGAGCAGAUCCACAAUGCAAGAUCAUAGAACGCACCUCAUACUAUCCCCAAGACCCGAACAAGAGGCCAAAGACCAGGAGAGAGAAGGUUCUAGCCUGUCUGAGGCACAACUCGUUGACUAUGCUCACUGUGGGCGGUGUGGUCGGUGGUGUGAUCCUUGGUAUCAUCCUGAGAAGCUCACGACCGCAAGGAUGGACGAAACGCGAGAUUAUGUACAUCAACUACUUAGGAGACCUGUUCCUGAGGAUGCUGAAGAGUUUGAUCCUGCCGCUAAUCAUAUCCAGUUUGGUCUCAGCCAUAGGAUCUCUUGAUUUGUCGCUGAGCGGUAGGAUUGGGGCUCGGGCUAUCGUUUAUUACAUGGUUACCACUAUUAGCGCUGUUAUACUAGGUAUAAUUUUGGUAAUUACGAUACAACCCGGAGUGGGAAACAACCCAGACAUCAAGACAAAAGAACACUCACAGAACGUGUCCACAGUAGAUACUCUGAUGGAUCUAGUUCGGAAUAUGUUUCCUCCAAAUCUGGUGGAAGCUUGCAUUUCUCAGCACAGGACCGAAAUGCAGAAACCAGUGAAUGGUUCCACAGACAAUAUGGACAACUGGGAGCUAGUGCAAAAGAGCGUCUCCGGGACCAACAUUAUGGGUCUGGUUGUCUUUGCCACAGCUCUAGGCAUCACUCUAGGAAAGAUGGAACAGCAAGGGAAACCUCUUCUUCACUUCUUCGAGUCACUGUCGAGCGCGAUGAUGCUAAUUACUCACUGGGUGAUCUGGUUGUCACCCAUAGGUGUGUUCUUCCUGGUAGGCGCAAAGAUCACAGAGAUGCAAUCAUUAGACGAAGUCGUUGCCCAGCUAGGAAUGUACUUCCUCACCGUUCUAAUCGGUUUAUGCAUACACGGUUUCAUAGUUCUACCCAUCUUGUAUUUCGUCCUGACGAAAAAGAAUCCGUACGUGUACAUAUCAAACAUGGCACAAGCGUUGGUCACUGCAUUUGGCACCUCUUCGAGUUCUGCCACUCUUCCAAUCGCUAUCAACUGUCUGGAGGAGCGGAAUAACAUUGACCCUCGAAUCACGAGAUUCGUGCUGCCAAUUGGUGCUACCAUUAACAUGGAUGGCACUGCUCUGUAUGAGGCAGUGGCUGCUAUCUUCAUCGCGCAAGUACGGCAGGUCAGCCUCACCUUUGGUCAGCUGGUUGCAGUGAGUAUUACAGCAACUGCUGCAAGUAUUGGAGCAGCUGGAAUUCCUCAGGCAGGUCUGGUGACAAUGGUAAUGGUGCUGGAUACUGUUCGCCUUCCAGCUGAUGAUGUCUUUCUGGUUAUCGCUGUUGAUUGGUUGCUAGACCGCUUCAGGACAACGGUGAACGUGGUGGGCGACUCGCUAGGAGCCGGAAUCGUGAACCAUCUAAGCAGAAACGAGCUAACGUCGUUAUCGCACAAUACACAGUCCCAGAACGGAGCAGAUCAUCAUACGACAACGUCUAUAUGAAGUCGGGAUCAGUAUUAAUUGUUAGAAUUCACUUGUCACGAUAGCAGAAACGUUGAGCAUUCGCUUUCUCCUGCGACAGUUUGAUCCGUUAAAUGUUACAUUCCCUAACUUGAAAUUUAUCGAGAACGAAAUUUUGUAUUCACAUCUUGAUGGCAGCAACCUUGCGUAGUUACUCGAGAAGCGAUUUUGUUGAUACGACGUUCUGACGAGGGCAUGUUUUAUAUUUAACUUAAUCUAAUCCCAGUUUCGUUCAAUUAGGGUAAAAAUCGAAUUGUCUGAUCAUGUUUUAAUGGUCGUGUUCAGUUGAUUGUAUUAUAAGUUGCCAGCUUUUACAUUUGAUUUCGAAGUUUGUUAAAUUUAUUUUGCCGAACACUUUAAGUUGUACCUGGUACAUUAUGAGGCACUUUGAAAAUUCUUUCUGUUGACAUUGUGCAAUGUUACACGCCUCUAUGGGUACAGUGAACAUAGUACUGCCUAAGUGUUCUGAUUUUAAUGGUGUUCUUUUUUUAUCUUACUUUUCAAUUUCCGAAGCACCAUUCUCUUCUUGCUAACUUGAGAUGAAAGGAAGGGGAUACUUCAAAUAGCAAUAACAAACUUGCAAUGCAAAUAUUUGACUUCAAAAUAAUUUUUUAAAAUUUGGAGGUAAUUAAAAUAACACACGAUUUUUAAUAACAUAGUUGAGAUGUAUAAAAUCCGAUUGUACAUGAUUGAUCUAGACAAAACAUUAGUACCAAUAGAUAUGCAUUCUGAAUAAUGUUUCACAUUUAAUCUUUGUCUUCCAUCGCUACAAUAUGAUAGCUUAAUUUGCUGUUAGUACGAUUCAGUUGCAAAACACAUGUAAACCAUAGUUUCAGUCCAAUUCAAUAAUAAGAAAAGUCUAAAUUUUUAGAAAGUUAUAGUCACCUUCUUAUUCAGUUUUGAAAUUGAUAUAUAAAGUAAUUAUAAAUGUGUUCAAUCUUCAGUAGAUUUGUAUGCUUGUAAAGGGGCACAAUACAUGCAGAAGAGAAGUUGUUUCAUGCUAGUAAUAUUUGUAGAAAGUCAAUGAUAAAAAUAUUAUGGUAUUUAAAAUACCUCACUGCACUAGACAAAAAGUGUUCAACUAUUAUCUAGAAAGUAAAGAAAUGUAUUUUAUUACUCUCUAACAGAAACACUAAAUGAUUAUUAUAUAUAUUCCUUUAUACAGUUACAUUGGUGCAUGCAGUGAAUGUAACUGAAUAGUCAAUUUAUAUUUUUAAUUUAUUUACUGUAUUACACUUUAUAUAGGCAUAACUUAAGUUAAAUAAGUUGGAAGAUAAUUAACUACGUUUACAUUUACUUUUCAGGAACAUUAACAUCUUAUUUAUUUUUUAAUAAUAAUUUUAAUGAAAACAUUCGUUGCAGACAAAAUUUAUAAAUAGCUUGAAAAUUCAACAAUAAUAUAAAGAUGAAAAUAAAGCAAAAUUUUGAUUCUGUUUCAUUUCAACUAGAUGUUGAAAUACCACUGCACAUUCAGGAGGCAUUAUAUUAUUGAUUAUCAACCAGUUAAUUUGAUUGUUCAUAUUGUCAUGCUUCUUCUUUUUAUAAAAGUUUUAUAAUGGCCACGUUCAAUUUGAUUAACAUAUCUUUUAUUUCUUAUUUUGUGAAAUUAGUUAUAUCUUUAACUUUAUGCUGUGAAUGAUUAUAGAUGAAUUGCUAAGAGAUUCAGGAGUACAAGUUAGCUUUUAGUUAUGGUAUUUUAUAAAACUUUUUUGUUUGCAUUGAUCCCAAAUUUUUAAUCCUUUACCUAAUUAUUUGGAAAUGUUAAACAAACAACAAUUAGUUCAUUAAAUUGUUACAACAAAGCUAACUGAUACCAUGUUGCUCCUCAGCAAUUCCAAUAAUGGGAUGUGUUUAAAGUUAAGGCAUGAUUCAAACUAAUGUUUGUAUUAUUAUAAUUAAUCUCAUGAAUUGAUGUACAGUUACACUUUGUAAUUAAAUUCUGAGUAGAAUUUAUGUACCUGUACGUAAUUAAGUAAUGCCAUAGUUGCUUAAAAAUAUGCUGUAUAAUAUUUAUUUGUACAAUAAAUGUACAAACUGACAAUAACAAUAAAUUUAUUGCUUAUUUCUAAACAAAGUCACGCGUGUACGUGAAAAAUACUUGAGCCUUUCAGCCGUUUUAUUUCAGCAAAUGAUACACCAUCAUUAUUGUGCUAACAAAAUAAUUCUUAUCACAGUGAAAAUGUGCUUUUACAUGAUUAAAAACAAGAACAGAUUUUUCAAUAAAAAGUUUUUACCAAUUGUUUUAGUACUCAACAUUAUUUCCCCUCCAUCUUGUAGGAGGUAUAGGUUUACUUAAAACAUAAAAUAAUUAAUUAAGAGAAUUACUGAAAAUUGUUUAUUUCUUCUAUUCACUAACUGUGCAUAUAAUAUUUUCUUUUUUGUUUAUUUUAUCAAUUACAUUUCAGUUUGCGUUUUCAUGAGUUAAUAUUAAGUGGCAGUUGCAAAAAAAUAAAUCUAUUUGGGAUCUUAGAAAUCCGGAAUAUAUACUACAAAAGAACUUUGAAAAAAUACGAAA